AUGACAACCGAUUUCAACCGUAUGAGGGAUUUGUAUUGUAAGUUCGAAAAGUUUGUAUUUGACAAGAGAGGUGUAUCUAAUAUAUUCCAAGUACCGGAUAUUGAAUGUAGUACAUCAGUGGAAUCUGUAAAUAGAACAUUAUUGUGGAAAGUAGUGGGUUUAUAUAAGAAGUUAUUAUCUAAUAAUAGUAUUUCUAAUAGAUCAAAUGAUAUUAUCUCUAAUGAGAUUUUCUCUAAUGGCCCGUAUAUAUUCAAAUCGUUAAAUGAUCAACUAGCAUAUCAUAGUAAGUUAUAUAUGGAUUCAUUAACUAAUAAAGAUUUCAUUCAUCAAAUAUCAUAUGAAGUUUAUGAUCCUGGGUGCAAAUUAUCUUUGGACAUCUCCUAUUGUCAGUUUUAA